CCCUCCCGUUUCGAAGUCUCGCGAGGCUUAAGGCUGCGGUAGGAGGUCGGAGGCAGAAGGACGGAGUCGGUCGUUGUUUGCUUCUCGUUGUAGCCUCCCCUCCCGCCCCGGGCCGUGUCGUGCUGUGUCCGGCCUGAGAGGAGGAUGUCGGGUUCCGGGUCGCUCCCCCUCGCGCUCUGCCUGUUGCUGACCGCCGCCAGCCUCAUCUCGGGUCCCGCCGCAGCGCAGAACGCUGGGUUUGUCAAGUCGCCCAUGUCAGAAACUAAACUCACAGGGGAUGCCUUUGAGCUGUACUGUGACGUGGUUGGGAAACCCACUCCAGAGAUCCAGUGGUGGUAUGCUGAAGUCAACCGGGCUGAGUCUUUCAAACAGCUGUGGGAUGGUGCUCGGAAGCGCCGUGUCACCAUUAACACUGCCUACGGGGCGAACGGCGUGAGUGUGCUGAGAAUAACCCGCCUUACAUUGGAAGACUCUGGGACUUACGAGUGCAGGGCCAGCAACGAUCCCAGGAGGAAUGACUUGAGGCAAAAUCCCUCCAUAACGUGGAUUCGAGCCCAGGCUACGAUAAGCGUCCUUCAGAGUGAGUUCAGCACCCUACAGUACAUAUAUGCUUUCCAUUCCAGAGUCACUGCAGGGAUUUUGAAACUCAGAGCAGACGAGUCGGGGGAAUACUUAUGUGUGUUCGUGUUUGCUAACUCGCCUGUAGCCAACGCCACUAUAGAAGUGAAAGCUAUUCCUGAGAUCACUGUCCACAAGCGAAGUGAGAACAAAAAUGAAGGGCAGGAGGCAGUCAUGUAUUGCAAGUCUGUGGGCUUCCCCCACCCCGACUGGGUGUGGCGCAAGAAGGUCAAUGGAGUAUUUGCGGAAAUCAACAACUCCUCUGGCCGAUUCUUCAUUACAAAUAAAGACAAUUACACGGAGCUGAGUAUCACAAACCUCCAGAUAAGUGAGGAUCCCGGCGAGUAUGAGUGCAAUGCAACCAAUCCAAUUGGCUCUGCCUCUGCCACCACCAUUCUGCGAGUGCGCAGCCACUUGGCCCCUCUCUGGCCCUUCUUGGGGAUAUUGGCAGAGAUUAUCAUCCUUAUUGUUAUCAUAGUGGUUUAUGAGAAGAGGAAGCGGCCAGAUGAAGUCCCAGACGACGACGAACCAGCUGGGCCAAUGAAAAGCAAUUCUACAAACAAUCACAAAGAUAAAAACUUACGCCAGAGAAACACAAAUUAAAAAUAAUGCGUAUAAUAGCUUUAAGUUUCUGAGAGACUGAUGGCAAUAUAACCUGCUAAAAUAAUGGUUGGAACUCUUGGUUCUAGAACUCCAGUUCUAUUUGAUUUUUCCUUUCAAGUGAGCAACAAUAUGACUGUCUAAAAAAGCAUGCCUUAUUUAGCCUGUCCUGUAAGGAUGACAUACCCAGACACAUUUUAACAAUGCUUCAGUGUAGAAGGUGUAAACUAUUUUGGGCUUGAUGUGCUGUGAAUGUUGCUUUUUUCCCUUAAGGUAUUUAAACAUUAGAAGUAAAGUCAAAACAUGCAUGCGCCAUUUUUUACUUUCUUAAUGUAGCUGUUAAAUUGGCAAAGCUCUAAAAUGCACUGCUGCCAUCUAGUGAUAACUUUUUGUAAAGUACAGCAAAACCUAAAAAUAUAUACAAUAUAUAUUUAUAUUUUUUGGGAAGAAGAAAACCAAAAUACAAUAAGUGUUUCAUUUUUAAGCUGCUGAUAUUCAUUCCUUAUAUUGUAUGUCUGAGAGAUGAGAGAAUUAUACUGUUCUGGUACUUAAAGAGGAGUAAUAUAAAUUGAAAUUAUUUUAAGGGCUUAACCUAUAUAGAAAGAUUUGGGUGUCCUAUAAUCAGACUUUAAAAGCUGGAACAGUUCAACAAAGGGUGAUGAAUUGUAGUACAAACUUCAGUUUAUAUAUAUAUAAUAUAUAUAUAUGAGAUUGCUUUUUAAGUGAUUUUUUUGUUUUGUUUUGUUAAGUCAUGUAAAUUCUCAAAUCCUUUUGCACUGAUGUGUUCAACAUAUUCUUGUACAUUCAAUUCAGGCAACUUUUAUAAUUUACUUUUUUUGUUUUAAAUGAUGUUGAAAUGUUACUGCAUGGUGAUAUUCUAUGCAACUAGUAAUACUCUUCAGUUUGACACUGUAAUUUCUCAUGUUCAUUUAAAGAUUGAUUGUAGAAUUACAGACCUAACAGGGUUCUCAUGCCGUGCAUAACUGUAGAUGCAUGAACUUGUGUUCUGUGUAUUUGUUGAAGUGCAAUGAUGUAUAAAAAGUGGAUUCACCUGUUUUUAAAAAUAAAACACUGACCAAAAAAACCCCA